AUGGCUAUUCUUCCUGCAGUCCCAGCUUUCUCCACGGCCAUCAUCGUCAAUGGUGAGCCAGCGGAUGAGUACCAACCCCCUUGCCCUAUCCCCUACGACGCCGAGUUUGAAGGUGUGCCUCGCACUCGCUGCUUCAUCCCGGCAGAGACGGGGAACACCUACUGUGUCCGCUUCAGAUUAUCCCCGCGUUUCGGCUUCGGCGACGAAACAGACACCCUUUUGGUCGCCAUCUACAUCGACGGGGCCCUCGCUGAAGAGACAAUUGUGUACAAAGAAUUGCUUCGCGAACAGGACUUCAUUGAUUACAUCAAGUAUCGCCGUGGGUCGAACAGCUGGCACGAAUUCUGUUUCCAGGACCUCGCUCCUGUUGAAUGUACUGCUGCCGCGACUCUCAAUGCUGACAUGCAGCUUGUCAAGACUCUCGGCACAAUCAGAGUAGUUCUUAAGUUAGCUAAGAACUUUGGAAAAGAUCCUUCAGCGCAACCUAGUCUUGAAGAGAAAGUCUGUGGUUCUUUGGACCCAUCGUGGAAGGCAUUGGCCCUUAAUGGGCAUGGGCAAACUCACGGUACUGGCUACGUGAAAGUCGAUGUCGACAUUCCCAUUUCGUACUACGCUAUUGAUACCAGAGAAACCAUUGGAUGCUUCGAUUUCGUUUAUCUCUCCCCGGACACCCUCAAGGCGCAGGGCAUUAUGGACCCAAAGUUCAUCAACCAGGCAGCGCAGGGAAUGCCUCAGACGAUUGAACCUGCUCCAGAGCCACCUCGAUUUCCUACUCGGAUCCUGUCGAAUGGAUGCCUUGAGAUUGAUCUUACUGGUGAUGAUGAGUAA